AGGUUGACAUUUACCGGUAACGGCUUGACUAUGAACUAAAUUGAAAUAUCCAGAAAAUACCGUAGCAUCUUAAAUCUAAUCUGAGAUCUUCGACCAACGAUAGAAUCUUGGUUUACAUAUACUAAAUGAGAAAGGAUCAAAACUCUGUCAAACAAGCCUUGUAUUUGAAAAAAUCGAACAUCGAAAAGUAGAGAAAAAUGUUCGAAACAUUCCUGUCUUCAAUCCCAAAGAGCCGUUCGGAGAUGGUCAACGAGCUGGACUUACCUGACGAUCUCACCGUGGCUCCUUACGUCUGGACGGAGCGAGAAGACUCUCCGGAGACCAGUGACAGUCUGGUUUCCGCCGGUCUCGAAAACUACGACGCGAAGACUCUCAGUACAGACUCUAGUCUCGCUCUAUCCCGGGCUAUGACCGACUCCGAGAUCGAUUACGAAAGAUACCGUAGAUACAAGAACAGAAGUUUUAGUGACCCGUGGAUCCAGAUGAAAGCAGUUCUCGAUUCCUUUCCACCGGAUUACCUUGCUUCGGUAGAUAGUUUCAAAUCAUCCACCGAGUUGUCAGAGGAGGUGAGGAGUUCAGAACGGCGCCUGCACGCCGAGGAGUUACGUCUUAAGAUGGAGAGGUUUUUCGAAGAAGAAUGCCGCGUGUUCUCUCCAGAUGACCCGGGCUUGCUAUCUCUUGAAGAGGCCUUGCAGCACUUAGAUGAUUGUGAUUCCAACUCUACGCCUUAG